CCAGCUGCGUCGCGUCACUUCCUCGGUCCAUGCCCAUCCCUUUGGAAAGGAGGAGGAAAAAAAAAUCGGGAAAGAAAAACUCACACAGGCAACCGACGGCGAGAAAAGAGCGAGGGGAAAGUUGGGAAGGAGGAGAAGAAAGCGAGAAGACAAAUGAAAACGGUGGAUACGGCAGCGGGAGCCAGGACUAGAGACACACAAACGCUUUGAAAAUCUCCCCUCCACAAAGCCAUGCCCCUGCACAAAUCAUCCCGGGCCCACCGCCUGGACCCCACCAUGAUCUCAGCCCCCAUGGGGGACUUUCGCCACACCAUGCACAUCGGCAGAGGAGGCGACGCCUUUGGAGACACCUCCUUCCUGAGCACCGCGGGUCCCAGUCCCACCGCCUCGGAGCUGGGGAGUCCUGGGAUCAUGCCGGCUGCAGACCUGGAGGUGGCGGCGGCAAACCACGGCGACCUGCGUAAGGGCGCUCCGGAGAGCCCGCGGCUUCCGCGUUCAGACUCUUCGUCCUCCUUCACCAUGGACCUGGACCUAGAUCUGGAUCUGGAUCUGGGUCCGUCUAUUCUCGGGGAUGUUCUGGGGGUGAUGGACGGUUUGUCGCUGGGCUCCAAUGGGGAGGACCCGCUCAGCCCGAAGGGUGGCACAUCGGUGGCGGACACAAAGCCGCUCAGGGGGAACGUGGAGACGUCCGUGAACGGGAACGGCUUGGACGAAGACAGCAGGACACCCGAGGAGAACGGACCAAAGUCCAGGGGGUUAAAGCCGAAAGUGAGGUUCAGCGACAAGCGAGAGGAGAUCUUUCGCCAGCCGUCUGAAGAGGAGGAGGGUCAAGCCUUUGACCUCCACGAUGAUGAUGAUGAUGGUGGUGGUGAUGAUGAUGACGAUCAGCUGGGGUGCCACAGCCCGGUGCGAGGCGACAGCGACAGGAGGAAGAGUCCAGCAGGAGGACCGGAGAUGACCAACCACAAAGCGGAGCUGCCACCCAGUCCCGCUUCAACGCACAGCUCAGAGUCCGAGGGAGUGACGGAGCUGGACAGGAGGAGGUCGGAGAGCGGCCACUCGGAGACUGACUCAGAGGAAGAGGAGGACGAGGAGGAGGAGGAAGGACGAGGCUAUUCAUUUGAAGACGAGUCCGAUGACGAGAUCGGUCUAUAGGGGACAGGUAUUCACUUCCCAUGCGGACAAUUUGAAAAUACGGUUGAAACCAGAUGUUUACAUGCACUACAAAAACUCUCACUGUCUGACAUUAAAUCAAACAAAAUUUCUUCUGGUUUUAAUAAAUUUGAUUGACGAGGAUGUUGUAAACAAGGAAAAAGCGCGUCAUUUUAAGAGAAAUAUCCAGUGGUCCAAUCCAACUAAAAUUGGAUUGUUUGGCCUUGAUCACCGCCGUUAGAUUUGAAGAAAGAAGGAGGGAAACCUGCAAGCUUUGGGUGCAGAGGAUUGUUUGUAUUGUUUGAGGAGUGUUUUGCAGGAGGAGGGACUGGUGUGCUUUACGAGCUAGAAGGCAUCAUGAGGAAAGAACAUUAUGUGGAAAUAUUAAAGCAGCAUCUGAAGAUUCGAAAGUUCAAGCUUGGAGACAAAGGAGUCUGACUUACAUUAAACAAAAGUUUUGUCUGAUUUAAUGUCAAACAGUGAGGGUGGGGGGGGAUUUCCCCCCCCCAACCUACGUAAAUAGAGCCGGCGUCAACUGUAUAUACAGUAUUUUCCUUAACUCACCACUUUACAACUGAAUGGGAGGCCCAAAAACAGUCAAUCUGAAUGUAAAGCUAAAAUAAAUCAUCAAAGGUGUUCAGUUAUCAUGUUGCACAACUGGAAUCUUUCAUUUUAUCAAGAAAGGCAACAAGACUUUGUAUCGCCUGCUCACUCCAACAGAGGAAAGCUUGUAGCGCUUUGAUCCGCUACAUCCAGCUGGAAACGUCGCUGUCGGACUGAAGCUCUGUGGACGGUCUGAUUCAGGAUGAACGGACCGGGUUUUUAAUCAUUGAAUCUACUCUUUUAUAUGCGAUUUAUAGCCUGUACACAGUCGGCGUUUUUGUGUUUCGGACUUUCACCUUCAUGUGCCUUAAACAGACUUGUAGCCUUUGCCUUUUUGUACUCCUUGCUGCGCUGAAUCGAUGUCUUAUCUGUCCUGCAUUGCUUCGUCUGGAGCCGCCUCCUCGCCUUUAGCGUUAUAGCCCCACAGAGGCGGCGCUGAUAAUGAGUUACUGUGAAUUUGUCACAUUCCAUAUCUGGCAAUGUGAGGCUUUCUGGUUCAGACCAAAAACCACAUCUGGGAUGCUUUUUUUUUAUUUUUAACUUCCCCAAAGCUGUCCUGCAGGCUCUAGCGAUGGGUUUUUAAAGGUCACUCAUAAAUCAGGACAAACUGUGUAUUUUUCUACUUUUGGCUUGUGUAAUUUCCUUUUUGCUUCGAUACUUGUUGCCAAAUGCUGUAAAAAAAAAAAAGGGAGAUACCAUUUUUACCUUUCUGCUGAAAAUGCUGGUUAAAACCUCGAAUGUUACCCUGUGGUUUAAUAAACAUUACAGUAAAAACAAAGUUAUUAUUGGCACCAGCUUGGACUUCCUUUCCGAUCCCAGGCUUGGGUAAUAUAAGGGUCUGGGAUGCGUCUCAAAGCACUCUACAUUUUAUUAGCCGUCUACUAUUUUAAUUAGGCGCUUUGACUGGGGUGGCUGCAUACCAGGCUUCCUGCAAGAGUGCCACAAAGAAAAAGUUACACCCAGGGCCUGUGAUGUGUUACCUCUAAUUAAAAAUGUACAGCCAUA